GCAAAAAUUAAAAAAAAAAUGCAAACUUAGGCAUAAAUGGAUUAAGUUGCAGAGGACUGUGGUCUCAAUGCGUGUCCUUCACUGGCCCUCUGGUGCCCAAAGCAUCUAAUCAAAUGUUCACCUUGGGAUCUACUAUCCAGAUGGGGAGUGAGCCUGCACCUAAGGAAACAGAUGUCGUAUAUAUGCGUAUGUGUGAGGAAGCCCUGAACCCCUGCCCGCUCCAGGCUCAUUCUCACCUCCACCUCAUCUUCCCACUAUCUCUGUGGAAGUCCUGGCUGAUCUCAGGCUCUCACUCCAGAUGGCCCCUCACUGCAGGGUCAUCAGUUGAGUACCUGCUGUAUAGAUUAGCUCACAAGGCUGGGGAAACUUAAACGAGUCUUUCCCUUCUCUGGCCUCAGUUUCUCCAUCUGUCAGUGAGGGCUGGGUGGGUCUGGGUGAUUCCAAGGGCCCUUUGAGCUGACUGAAGUUCUUCAAGUUCGUCGUUGUAAGGCCCAUCCCUGCCCGCCGCCAGUGGCUGGUCAGGGGUGGGAGUCUUCUUGGAGAAGUUCUGAGGAUGAAAAUCCUGUUUGACUUCCUCCUCCUCCUCACAGCAGACUUCCCUCCUUAACUUCCCUAGGGAAGGCAGCGGGGCUCCCGGGGCCCCAGGAGUCUGCAGGAAGAGUCCUUACUCCAGCAUCAUUAAAAGUUCAAGUGGCUCCCCCAAGGGCCAAAGAAGUGCCAGGAUUCAUUAGACCUGCUGCCCCCUGAGCCCAAUUUGUUUGAAGGGAAUGUUUAGCCUUUUCAUCUGGUGAGGGUUUUCAUUAAGAGUUUGAGGCCUCCCUGAGAGAGCUCAGCUCAGAUUGAGGUCAGAGGGGGAAGGGUCCCUGGAGGUCACCUUUUGCCCUGGGAACUCUGCAGAGGAGACAGGCUGGGUCAGGGGAAGGGGUUUGCCCAAUGUCAUGGGGGAGGUGUUGCCAGAGCUCAGAGAACCAGCCUUGCGGUGUCUGCAGAUAUUCCUCCAGGUGGCAGGUGGCGGGGAGAUGAGCACAGACCCCAAGGAGCCUGAGGGGAGGGGCUGAGGACUCAGCCUGGAGGGAUCCUGCACAGCCAGACGCAGAACUGGGGCUUUGGGAGCCCCACUGCAUGUGAGGAAGAGCUUGGAGAACAGCCCAGCAUGCCCAUAGCAGAAAGGGUUGCCCAGGGAGAGUGGGAGCACCUGUCGCUGAGGCCCGUGAGCAGGAUGGGAUGGUGCCUCCCAGGAGGACCAGAACAGAUUCAAGCCAAGGGGGUGGGCUUGGAGGGAGAGUCAGUGACUGCUCAGAUCCUGCUGCUCUGUAAAUGCUCCACUAGGCAGGAAUGGCAUUCAUCACUGCUGGGCAGGGAAGGUGUGACAGAGCAAGGAGCACGCCAUUAUGGCCAGUUGAGACUGUUGAACUGGGAACCAGGAGGCCGGGCCUGUGCCUGCCCUCUCUGAGCUCAGUGGCCUCCUUCCUGCCUCCCAGCCGCCUUGUGAUGACACCCUGACCCUCCUGCCUCCCAGGACAGGCCGGAUGGAGGACCUCCCUGGAUGGUGAAAUCUGCCUGUGGCACCUCCCUGAGUUUCUCAAGCCCACUGAGCUCUGACAGAGCCUGACUCAGCCCCAGAGAGCUCUACAGGCCACAGGACCGGGAACCCCAGACCCUCAGAUGACAAUGUCUCCCGAGUCCUGGAGUCCACUGCAAUGAUAUCAAUGGCAAACGUGUGACGGGAGCUGACGUUGCUGUUUAUACAUCUCCUCUCCUUUAGCCCUCAGCACACCGUGCGGGGAAGGAACUGUUACCAGCCGUUUAUAGAAGAGGAAACAGGAUGGAGAGGUCAAGCAACCUGUGCACAGUCUCAGAGCUAGUGAGUUGUGUGGCUCCAAAGCCCGUGUGCUUCAUCUCUGUCCCUCAAUCUCUGUGAGAGGAGACGGAAGCCCGGAGAGAAAAAGUCACUGAGCCAGACGGUUUCUUUCCUCUAGACUCAGGGCUCCUCCCUCAACCAGAUCCAGCCUGACAGCUCCUGUGUCUCCACCCAGCCUCCCUGCCAGGCCUCCCCAGAGUUCACAGCGGCGUGGCCUCGCCCUUGGACAGCAGUUGCAGUCCAAACAGACUGCCCACAUUUCCUGGCUGCUCUCCAGCCCGCAACGGAGACAACAAAGUUUAGUGACAGAGAGGGCUGAGCGGAGGCUGCUGAAAGGGAGAGAGGAGUGAGAAGCGCUGGGUAGGGGCUGUCUGGUUUGCAGAUGCCGGACCUCGUGGGGAGCACGACCCUCACGGGAUGGAUCACAGGUGCUGCUGUGGCGGUCCUGCUGCUGCUGCUGCUUCUGGCCACCUGCCUUUUCCAUGGACGGCAGGACUGUGAUGUGGAGAGGAACCGUCCAGCUGCAAGGGGAAACCGAGUCCGCUGGGCCCAGCCUUGGCUUUUCCGGCACCGGGGCCACCUGGGCCAUCACCAUCGCCAUCAUCCUGGCCACAUGUCUCACGUGUCGCAUGUGGGCUUCCACCACCACCAUCACCACCCCCACCAUGCCCCUCACCACCUCCAUCACCACCACCACCACCCCCGCCACGCUCGCUGAGGCUGCCGCUGUGGGUUCCUGUGGACAGCAGCUGUCCCUGCCUGCCAUCCAUUCCCAGGACAAGUGGACCCCAUGUUUCCAUGGGGAAGGAUGCAUCUCUGGAGGGAAGGAGGGGAACGAUUGCCCGGGGCCUGCCUGGGCUGCAUUUGCAUGCUAUGCCCCACGGUACUCUGGCAGCAGAGAAUGGAGGAACACUGGGGCCUGCUACGCUGAAGAGUUUGGGGAGUGGAGAGCAAGAGUGCCUCUUUUGUGACUGUGACUCCCAGUGAGCCCCAGAAGUGACAAGGGUGUCUUGGCAAAGCCAGGACACAAGUGGAUGUGAAGCACCCAUCUUGACCUCCUCAUCAGGCCGCUGGAGGCCUCUGGGAGAGGCCCUGAGAAUGUCCUUUUGGUUUGGAGAAGGCAGUACGAGGCUGCACAGUCAAUUCAUCGGUGCUUUAGUCCAGGAAAAUAAAAACCACUAAGAAGCUUU